UAAUGUAAGACUUUUUAAUGUCUCUGUGAAAAUAAGAAAAAUAUCCCGAAGUUCAGGAGGUCCAAUCAGUGGUUUAGUGGUUCUCUGUUCCCGGCCCUCGUCCCAGGAGCUGGUGUAGUGAUCUUGAUCACUCCAGGUCCAUGACCCUGCGACAGACUGUCCAGGGUUUACAUGUCUUCACCCAACAGUAUCUACGACGGGCUCUGGAAACCCCGUUGCCCCGAAAGGGAUGCGGCAGGUUAAGAAAAUGGACGGAAGUUUAGGAGGAGAACCGUCAGACCACGUCACUAUACUGGAUGUGUGUUCUACCCGCUGUCACUGAAAACAUCAUGCGCCCGAAGUUGAGUCCCUGAUUGGUUGAAAUGUCAGGCCAUUCUCUCCAAAGUUUAAAAAUGUAAGAUCUGGCAGCUCAAAUCGUGCUGCUGCCAGACUUUCGCGCUUGCCACUCAAAUCUUACCGUAGGAUCUCAGGUCGCGUCCCUACCAUUGACUUAACAUUGAAACUGCUGCGUGAAUCAUGUUCGGUGUAAACGCAGACUAAGACAUUAAGUAAAGCACACAUGCAGUUCAUAUUAUUGUGUUUGUGAUAAAAUGUGGACACAUUUUUCAGUUAAAAGUCUUAAUUUAUUUAUUUUUUUGUAAAAUUAUGGGGUCAUUUUUCUUCUUAGGUUGGUGGCACUCAUUGCUUUAUUUGAUGCAUUUUUUUGCGCAUAAUUAUUUGUUAUCUACUUUUUUUUUUUUGGUUAAUGCUUGUCUGCCUUUUAAUUCCAGAUGUCAUGAGGUAAAAUGUGCAUGACAAUGAUGUGAAUCUUAAAUGUGCAAAAACAGGAGUAUUUUAUUUUUGUAUAUUUUAAUAUUAUUAUAUGAUGUCAAAAUAUUGUGAUAAUAUAACAAAAAAGGUUGGUGCUCUGCGUUAAGUUUUUUUUUUUUUUUUUUCCUGUUGUUUCAUUUUGGCAGGACGAGUACACACAAUAACUUUGUGUCCUGAAGGGAAGACACUCUCAGGAUGAGGGACAGAUUACAGGAGCUGCAGCACAGGGCCCAGGAGUUUUCUGAGGCGGCAAAUGACCACAGCAAUCAUUUUUCAGAGGAGGAGGAUGGCGGUGAGGACUCUGUGGUAGUGGGAGGCAUAACCCCACAGGCUGUGGUGUUUGAGGCAGAGCCAAUCAUUGAAAGUUUCCUGACAGAGGCUCAGCAAAUCCGCAAUGACAUCUCAGCGCUUGAAACAGAGGUGCUGAAAUUCACUCAAGAGCAAAAGACCUUGGUGGCAACCAUGCGUCGGUUUAGUGUGAUGAAGAAAGAGAGCAGCAUAACGCGAGACAUCAAGAUCCAGGCUGAAAGCAUCCACCGCCGCUUGGACGCCAUCUCAAAACAGGCCCAACGAACGGAGGAGCAGCAAGGAAAGGCGGCUGCAGCCACCAGAAUACAACACGCUCAGCAUACGGCUCUGUACAGCAAAUUCAAGCAGGUCAUGCGCCAGUAUAAUGAAGGUCUGCUGAGCAAGCAGGAGCGCUGUAAGUACUUCAUUAUGCGGCAGCUGGAUGUAUUGGGAAAGGAUGUUAAGGAGGAGGAGGUGGAUGAGAUGGUGGCCACGGGAAAAUGGGAGGUCUUCAAUGAGAAUCUGCUGAAUGACGCCAGAAUCACACGCUCCCAAUUAUCCGAGAUCGAACAGCGACACAAGGAGUUGUUAAGCCUGGAGAACAACAUGAAGGAGCUCCGAGACCUCUUCAUGGACAUCUUCAUGUUGGUGGAAGAACAAGGGGCUGCCAUUGAGCACAUCCAAACCAAUGUUGAGAGGACACAGGAUUAUGUAAUCGUCACUAAAGAGAAGUUCAAACUGGCAGCCAGGUAUAAGAAGAAGAACCCAUGCAGGCAGCUGUGCUGCUGCUGUUGCCCUCCAUGGAGAUGCUGUUUGUGACGCUUGAGCCUCAUGCUCCACGUUAGACUGUUGAACAGAGCAACGGGUGAGGAGAGACUCAGCCGAGCAUUGAAAACAAUUAGAGGCAAGAAUUGGUAUGGGAAGCACUUGUUUCUUUCAAGAGGGUGUGAAGCGUGUGAUAAUGAAGGAGAUGGUUCAGAGAAAGCGCCCCGGCAACACGGUUGCUUAUUGGAGUCCUUCACUUGCAGCUGACAGAGGUCACAAACAAGGAGAGGCCACUGACCCUGCUGCAUCAGCGAGACCCAUCUUUCACCAUCUCCCACAAAAGAGGCUCAUUUUUCUUUUUUUCACGUUUUUUUCCUGUCACAGGAACUCCAAUUAACGAGAGUGGAAUUUUUCCACAUUAAAUGCACUUUAAGAUUUUCACUCUCUAAAAAAAAUUAUGAUUUUAAUGGAUGAUCUAUUCUAAAGAUGCAAAGAAAAUUAGUUUGUGUAAUUAUUAAUUCAGCAUUUUAAAGUUUGUGGCCUAUUUUUUCCAAAAAUGAUUGCUUUUUAUUAAUUUUAAAGUAUAAAAAAUAAGUGAGAACAUUUGAUCAAAAAUAUUUAAAAACAAAACUGCAAAUAUAUUUUUCCAAAAAUGAAUCUCAAAGUUCAGAGAAAAAAUACCUUUAAUUAACAUAAUUUUACUAGAAUCCCUAUCUGAAGGAGGGAUCUAUCCAUAUUUUUGUCCUAAAUAUUCAAGAAAUGUGUUGGAGAGUUGUACAAAGUAGUUUUCAAAAACUGUUUUUAUCUGACCUCAUAAACUUUAAAACAAUUCAACCUCUUUUGAUUUCUUUGAGCUUUUUUAACAAUCUAAUGUCUGGGUUUGGAUAAAGUUCCCUGCUGUUGAACGCUAAUAACACGAAUGUCACUCUAAGGGGAAGUGGUUCCUUGUAAUCUGUUACCCCCAUCAAGAGUGACUCCGAUUUCCUGGUGACCCGCGGUGUCGAGUGUCCACAGGAAAAUACAGGUGAAGUGGGUGUGCUGCGGACAGACUGGAAAAUCUGGUUUGUAUGGAACUCCCGGAUCCCUGGGAGACAUCAGGAAUAGUUUGUAACCGGAUCUAUUUAAGUGUACCAGAGGAUUAAAAGAUCUACGUUGUUGAGGUAGCUCUUAGUUUAAUGAAAAUAAAACUCAAUUUGAACAAAGUGAGAAAAUAAACGUUCACUUGUGUAUCAAAAAAAAUAUAUAAUUUGCACAUGAACAAGUUAGUUUAAUAAUCUUCUUUAGACCAUAACUAAUACAAGAGUUUUAAUCAUUUAUUUACCUUUAUUUUUGUUUAUAUUUUGUCAUCCUGUAUCUGAAGAGUUGAACAGGAUGUGAUGCGGGACUGAAGCACUUUUUUCUUCCUCCAACUCUAUGAUAAUAAAUCAAAAAAAAAAAAAAAAUAUGAACACAACAAUUAUUAAAUGUUCUCACGUGGAUAUUAAUAAACCGCAGAAUGUCACCUAAUGUGAUCCAUCUCCCAAGAGAAAGAAAGUCAAGACAAAUCAAAUUGCUUUAAAUGUGGGAUUCCUAAACAGCAAUGAUGCCAUCCAGUGUUCACGGAAAUAAUUGCUGCUGAGGGAAUAAAUGAGUUGACAGCUGAUGUGACCGGACAGGCGGUCACAUAGAUUUUGAUGAAUAUAUAUUUUAGCUGGCUAAAAUAAAAAUAAAAACCUCCACUUGUGAAAGUGCAACAUUUUUUUUAUAUUUUUUUCUUAUUUCAUAGAUAAGAUGGAUUCACUCAGAAUCAUUUAAACUCACCAAAUGUUCUCCUGAUGAUGUCUGCAGGGUACCACAGUACAAAGUCAACCUUAGUUUCCUUUUCUCUGCUUUUCUUCCUGAACUUUGUUAGACUUUCCCAGUGCAACUAAAGUUUUCAAGUGUUCAGAAGCUCUGCAAAACUUUGUUUCCCCAUCAGUGAGCUUACUAUCCAAUAUUUCAUCUAAAAGCACACAGUUUUUUCAUGUUUUUUUUAGCUUCCAGCUAUACAAGUGCAGUUUUUCCUCAGCUUACACUAUCAUCUUUGUGUGCAUUCCCAUCUGUUCUUUAAAGUAAAAAAAAAAAAAACAUAUUCUAGCAUUUUAAAACAGAGAGAAAAAUAAAGAGAAUUGUUUAGAAAUGUGGCUUUUAAUGAAAAAAAAGUAACUUCCUGCUUAAAUCCUGCACCUGCAACGUAUUCCUUAUAAAUGCCUGAAUCUUUCCACUUUCCAAGCAGCUAGAAAUGAUUCAUGGUCAACAUGGACUAUGGAAACACAUGAGCUUUUCCAGAUCUGAUGGAGCAGCGCCGAUGUGUGUUUGUCACCUUUCGCAGAACAUCUUUUUUCUAUCUGAUCUGUCAAUCACAGCGUGGAUCCCAAAGACUUUCUUCAAACGCCUGGUGAACAUCAAAGCCGCUCUCCGGUAAGUAACACCAGCUGUGGUCAUAGAGAGCUGACAUUACUUUAUAGGCUGGUUUUAUCACAUCCAUCAAAACGUGAACCCAGACAUAUCAGGAGAGUCAGAAAAUACGAGUCACAAAGCAACUAUGCAGUGAGUUUGGCAGGAGUAGCUGAAAGUCACUAAAUCGAUACAAUAGAUAUGUGGGUUUAGGAUGUGACAACUUCAGCGUUGGCUUUAAAAAAGGGACUGAGGGAUUAUGGUUGGGAUUGGGGUCAAAAAUAUUUAUUUUAGCAAAAAAUAAGAAAUCAUUUUGUCUUUCUAGGGAAACCUACCUAAAAUACUUCAAUGCAGGUGCGGAGCUAAUAUAUAAUAUAAGGGGGGGCAUGACAAAUGAAUUAUGUGGUGCCCCAUAUUUUGUUAAAAAUAUUGUUUUUGUUAUUUUGAAAGGCUUAAUGAAGUAUUAAUGAUUUCCUAAUUGUUGUUGACUCAACAGUUGGGGGGCAAAGCUUUUUGCUAAGAGGGACACCAGGUACCCCCACUUUUACCCCCUUUUAGCUCCGCCCACGCUUUUAUGCUAACAAUUUUCCUCCUUUUGUCUGUUUUUUAAGUUUUCAUGGAUUUUAUUUUUGCUAAAGUUUGUUUACCCCCUCUACAAAGAAAUUAAGUUUUAAAGACAGACAUUUUUUAUUAAAAGAAUUGUAUAAAUACUGGGAUGUUCCGUUUCCUUUUAUGCCAUUUUUUUUCCAUUUGUAGAAAAAUUUGAUUUUACUUGCAGAGUAGGUGAAUAAAAAAAAUAUAUAUAGGUCUUUUAAAAACAUAUAUUACAAUAAAUAUUCUAUUUGGAAAAAAAAAAAAUAAUUAAGAGCUGUACAGUAGGGCAUUGGUUACCCCCCACGGUCCAAAAACAUGCGUCAUAGGUUAAUUAUUGUCUUUAAUUUGCAACAUACCAGUAACUUGUUCAGGGUGUA